AUGGCGACCGAAUACUUCUCCGAUCAGGAGUCUUCGAUCGCGGCGAACUCGCUGUCGGAAACUCCAUUCAUGACUCCCCAACCUUCGAGGUCACGACGCUCGUCUCGCCAUGGGACCCCAUCGUCUAACGGUGACCUAUCGCAAGCGUCACCGUUGCCGCCGGCUUCCGACUGCACCUCGGACGACCCCGCAAACGACGAGAACAUCUCCAUGCUGGAUCCCCGCCGCUUCACCCCGACGUUGCACGCCAAUCUCGUCGCAGAGAUUCUCAAUUUGCGGCGAGAACUCGACUCCAAGCACCGCGUCAUCGAGGACCUUGAGACCAACCUGCACUCGACGCAGGAGGAGAACGAGGUGCUCAACGACAAGCUAUCGUCGAGCUUGAGAGAGAGCCGGAACGCCAGACGUCAGAUCCAGCAGCUGGAAACCGGAACUCUCUCCGCCCUCGAGGAAUUGGCCAAGGAGCGAGACCAAUUCAAGGCCGACAACGAGCAGCUCAAGAGCAAACUCGAAGCGUCUCAGAAAAAGGCCAAGAGUGAAGGUGAUGCGUCAGAUCGCACGCAGGACCUUUGGCAAAAAGACAAAGAUGCCUGGGACAACGACAAGCGAUCUCUAGAGCGCCGGCUUCACGUCACCGAAACCCGAUUGAAAGCCGUCCUCGAUGAACUAGCAGCGCAGCAGGCAGCAGCCGAAGCUCAGGCCCAGGGAGAGCCCGCGGGCAGCAAAGACGCCACGAACGGGCACGAGAGCGACACGGCCAGCGUCCAGUCUUCGCCAAAGAAGGGUCGCCACAGGCGGAACGAGAGCAGCGGCAGCGCGAGAAGCAUCCGGAGCUUCGGUCCUCGCGGCUACCGUGCAUCCAUUCUCACCAUCGGCUCCGAAGCACAUGUGAAGCUCUCGAACGGUAUCAGCCUCGCAGACGAGCUGGCCUUUGACGAAGAGGACGAAGAUCUCGAAGACCUGGAAACGGAUUCCGACGACUAUACCGAGCACGAGAUUCGCGCGCGGAAGCUGAUGGAGGCCAGAGCAUCUUCCGUGCCCGACGAAAAGGCGCGCAAGAUGCUCGGUAUAAUGAUUGACAAAGACAGGACCACGCCGACGCCGAGCGAGCCCGACAGGGAUAUGUCUUACUCUUUCGACGACACGGCGCUGCUCGACCCCGCCCACCGUCCAAAACACCAGCAGUCCUUCGAUACCAUUGUCCCAACGCAGUUCGAGCCGAAGAUCGAGCCGGAAGACGUGGCCAACGUUGAGCAGAAGCGCGUCGAAUACGUCGACACCGGGGUUCAACCGUCUCCACCACCAUCUCCCAGGGUGACCGCGCAGCAGAUUGUGGCUGCGAGGAGCAGCGGCCACAUCAUGGCCGCCAUGGAUGUGGAGGCGAACCAGAGGAAGAAGCGCGUCUCCGCGCCUCCUACCGAGGGCCAGAAAGAGAAGGAGCCGGCGGCGUCUCAACGAAAAUCGGGACUGAUGGUCUCAACAUCGUGUCAGACCCUGAGCCAGCCGUUGAGCCCUCCCGAGACGCCGACGGUCGUGCUUCCCGAGCCCGCGGCCGAGCCUGAAGCUCCGGCUCAGGCACCGCAGAUGGCUUCGACGUCUACGCAGACGGAACCGCUGGCGGAUCCUCGGCCACAACCGUUGCCCGAAGUCGUAGUCGAGCCCCCUCAGUCCCCGCCUCGGACGUCGGCUCCCGCGCCGAUUGCCAUUCCGCAAAUCGCCAUCCAUCCCCCGGGAUCUACUCCUGGAUCUCCCAAGCAUGCUGUGCUCCCUCCGAAUACCAAGAGCGCCGGCUGCCAGACCGAUUCCGAAUUGCCUAGCAACAUGCGCGAUUCCGAGGUACAGACCGAUCCCAUUAUGAUCGACCAGCGAGUUGCCAAACUCCCACCUCAUCUGCUGCCUUCGGCCAUCUCCUCGAAGCCAGGAACGCCUAACAAGGAGGAGCAAAAGGCCCAGCCCGUGCUCGCUAAGCCCUUUGAGGAAAAAGGAAAGUCUCCCUUGCAUACCUCCACGCAGGAGUUGCUCAAAUCACUGCGCUCCAAGUCCAUCCAGGCCACUCAAGACAAAUACCCUGGCAAUAAUGAUAACGGGCCCCUCACACAAGAGAGCACUGACGGCAUAAGGCGACCAUUCAGGACCAGCAGCUUGUUCGCCGGCUUCGACGGGGCAAGUUCCGACGAGGAUGCAGCCGAUGAAGAAGCAUCGAGUGACGAAGAGGGGUACAGCGGUCAUGCAGUAGUGAUCAGAGCAGUCAAAUACGGCCGCAUGUUCACCAAGCCUCCGACGCCGGUGCCAGAAGAGAAGGAGCCCAAUUCCAAACGAUCCUCGUACGAGAAGCGCUCUUCGGUCGAGAAACGGUCUUCUUACGAAAAGCCGGCCAAGGUUGAGAAACCCAUCAGGGCCGGGUCCAUUCGCAAGCAGCCGAGCGUGCGUCGCUCCGCGCUGCUCCAGAGUGGCAUCGCCGCCCACGACCGGCCAACCCUCGUGGAAGCAGGUUCCAGCAAGACGCUCUCGACGCCCAAACCGCCGCCGUUCCCCGUGCCGACGAGGUCGAGCUCCAGGAAAUUGCCGCUCAGCAAGAGCGAGGGCUCGCAGAGCCCGACACCACGCAGCAACAUGUUCACGAACCGCCGCUCGCGCCAGCAGCAGCAGCACGCCAGGCAGGACAGUCUGCGCAAGGUCCGCUCCGCAGCAGUCAUCCGCCGCGACGGUCGUCAACGAAGCAGAUCCCCGCCCCCGCCCCAGCCCCAGUCUGCUCUGACCUCUCCGGACGAGCCAAAGGACGCACCGCCGCUGCCCCGCGACCGCGUUACUUCUCCAUACCAGGCAUAUGCUUCACGACAUCCCGGCCGCCAGCCGUCGGUCAGCACCGGGGUCAGCACGGCAGUCAGUUCCGCCGUCACGAACAGCAACCAAUCGACGAGCUCCGUCCAGUCGAUCAGUGUCGUCGAUGCCAUCGCGGGUGCGAUGGUCGGCGAGUGGCUGUGGAAGUACGUUCGUGGCCGCAGAUCUUUCGGGGUGGCUGAUGCUGUGACACCGGAAUUCGGGAAGGACGAUGGGACCGGCGGAAGCAGCGUGAGACACAAGCGCUGGGUCUGGAUCUCGCCCUAUGAGCGGGCUAUAAUGUGGAGCAGUAAACAGCCCACGUCUGGCACCGCACUGAUGGGCAAGACGGGUCGGAAGUUGCAAAUCCAAUCCGUCCUCGACGUCAAGGACGACACUCCUGCACCGCGGGGCGUCGGCGCCCAGCCCAUCUUCAACCGAUCCAUCCUCAUCCUGACUCCCGCACGCGCGCUGAAGUUUACCGCGCCUUCGGCUGAACGCCACUACCUGUGGCUCACCGCCCUCUCAUUCCUCGCCCACUCCUCGCAAGCCAUGCCCGACCUGAACCAGCUUCCAGCCGCACCUACCGAGGAGUCGCCGCAAACCAAGCGUUCCACGGCAGCUCUAGGCCGCCGACCCAUUACCAACUCGGUCCGCCUCGCCAAACAGAAUCAGGGCGGAGCGAAGGGCUACAUCAAUCGCGCAGAACCGAUUUACGAAGGUCAGGCCGCCCAGUCACCCGUUUCCGAGGCUGCAAGCCCGCCUGUCAUACAUCGCCACGGCCGCAAGAGGAGCAUGACAUCUCCGAGACAGGCAGCCAUUCCGCCCCCUAUUCCGAGCAACCCAUUCACGCGUAGCUUCUCGCAAAACAGCGUGCACAGCGUGCACUCCACAUCUGCUGUGCCACCGCCGAUCCCAACUUCUUCGUACUCCUCGGCAGCUUCUAGCGUCGGUAUGUCCGAGAUGUACUCGCCGGGCGGGGCCAACAUUCCUCCCUCGGUGCCAAGCAGCAUCUACAACCCGAGCCGACGCACAUCCGAGGCCAGCAGCAGCGCGGCCACUGCUUCGGGAAUGCGCCGUGAGUUCGACGCGUUCGCAGGCACGGUGCGCAUGGAGGCGUUCGUCGAACCACGCCUCAGCCUCAGUCAAAUCCCAGGUGGCGGCUUCCCCGGGUUGGCACCCACCUUCAAGGAGAAGUCGGUUGCGCGACAGUAUCGCAAGAACAGCCAGUACUCCAUCAAGAGCGGAAUGUCGGGUUCGGACUUGCCGAGCAGAGCACCGAGUCAAGCGAGUGGCAAGUACUCGAGCGAACACGGAAGCGAUCUGUUCAGGGGCUUUGGGUAA